AUGUUGCUGGGACGAGUGUGGCCUAUUAGCGUGCGGAUUGCAUGGGACGACUGCGGCGCGCAUACGCGUAGACGAAAGGCCGCGGGCUGCGGCCUGGUCGGAGAGUCGGCGCCUAGGUGUUUGCGCAUCAUGGCGCGCCAGGCCCUGCGGCCGCUGGGGUAUUUUUUGGAGAAGACGGGAGCCGGCGCGGCCGGGAUUGAGAGCGCGCGAGGGCACUGGCUCUGCGAGAUCCAAACCACGGCGGCAGAAGUAGGGGCGGUUGCGCCACCUGGCCGAAGGGUUGGGCAAUAUGAGAAAACGGCGGGGCCCCUGGCUGACCACGUG